AGUUUCGUUUCUCCGAGCCGAGGUUAGUUUCGAGUUCUUGGGGCAGCUGCGGACGGGGCGAUGGCGGCGCUGGAGUCGGAGCCGGGCCUGUCGGGGCUGGAGGAGGAGCUCACCUGCUCCAUCUGCCUCUGCAUCUUCAGCAGCCCCGUGACGGUGCCCUGCGGGCACAACUUUUGCGCCGCCUGCCUGGAGCUCACCUGGGCCGGGCUCUCGGGGGGCUUCAGCUGCCCGCAGUGCCGGGCCACCUUCGCGGGCCGCCCGCAGCUGCAGAAGAACACGGUGCUGUGCCGGGUGGUGGAGCAGCUGCAGGGCCGCUCCGGGGCCAAGGGCGAGGAAGAGGAGGAGAAUGAGGAUGGGGAUGGGGAGGUGGGGGGGUGCUGGGCCGAGGAGCCCCCCGUGCUCUGCGACAGCUGCCGGGAGGCGGCGGCCGUGCAGACCUGCCUGACGUGCACCGCGUCCUUCUGCGCCGAGCACCUGCGGCCGCACCGCGACAGCCCCGCCUUCCGCGACCACCAGCUCUGCCCCACCGUGCGCGACCUGCAGCAGCGCAAGUGCCCCCAGCACAACCGGCUCUUCGAGUUCUUCUGCGGCAAGCACGGCGUCUGCAUCUGCUCCCUCUGCCUGCUCGGGCACAAGCUGUGCCCCACCAGCCCCUUGGAGCAGGCAAAAGCCUCUGCCCAGUCGCUGCUGAAGAAAAAACUUGUGGAGCUGCAUAACCAGAGUGAAAGAACUGCCCGGGCAAUGAGCACGGUGAAAACAAAGCAGAACCAAUCUGCUGAGACAGCUUCAAGAAAGAAGGAAUUGAUCAGAAAGGAGUUUUCAGAAGUUAAAGCUGUAAUUGAAGAAAGAGAAAAUGAGAUCAUGAAAGCAAUUACAGAGGAAGAAAAGAGAGUCUGGAAUAAGUUUGAUUAUAUUUACAGUGUUCUGGGAAAUAAGAAGAACGAAAUUCAGUCUCUCAAAGAUCAGAUUGAGAUGGCACUGACUGAAAGUGAUGAUAUUCUCUUUUUGAAGAGAGCAACAGCACUGCAAAGAACAUCAACAAAAGAGGCUUUUGUUCCUGUAGUUGAAAUGGACCAAAAUGUUGUGCAUUCCACUUACCAGUCUGCCAUUACCCUCAAAGACAUAGUGAAACUUUCAGUAAUUCAGAGUCGGGAGAAAAAAGAAGAAGUUGCAGCCAAACCUGUGAAAAUUCCGGUCCUUCCAGCAGCUCAUCCAAACAAAGCCACUGUUGGAAAAAAGCCUCCCGGACCACACCAGACCCGCAAAGACAAAACUGUUCCCCAGCCUCAAGUCCCUUCACAGGGGGAGACAGAUACCACCAAAGAGAAAAAGAAAGCUGCUAAAGUUGCACUGCCUGCCACACCAAGUGCCCCAGCUGCUGCUGCUGCUGCCAAAGAGCUGAUGGACAGCUUCCUGAAGAAACCCAGAGAGGAGCUCCUGCAGUACGCUGCCAACAUCACCCUGGAUUACAACACGGCCCACAACACGGUGGUUCUGGCUGACAACUACACCAGGAUGUCCAUCUCAGACACCUUCCCAGGGCACAGGCAGCACCCGCAGCGCUUCACCGACUACCGCCAGGUGCUGGGCUUCCAGUGCUUCAAGAGGGGAGUCCACUACUGGGAGGUGGAGCUGCAGCGCAGCAGCUUCUGCGGGCUGGGCGUGUGCUACGGCAGCAUGGAGCGCCAGGGCCCCCAGAGCCGCCUGGGCAGGAACUGCCGCUCCUGGUGCAUCGAGUGGCUCAACUCCAAGCUCUCCUCCUGGCACAACGACGUGGAGAAGUGCCUGCCCACCACAAAGGCCACCAAGAUCGGGGUGCUGCUCCACUGCGAUGGCGGCUUCCUCAUUUUCAUGGCCGUGGGGGAGAAGAAUAACCUGAUCUAUAAAUUCAAAGCCCAGUUCACUGAAGCUCUGUACCCAGCCUUCUGGCUGUUCUCCAGUGAUGCUGUUCUCUCUCUCUGUCACAUGAAAGAGUAAGGCCUGGUAUCUCAGUUUAGUUCAUUUACAGCACAGAUAAUCUGUUUCGAAGAUUGAUUGUUUGAUGCAGAAAUUAUCAUCUCUUUUAAGCAGUUUAGAGAAUCUGCCAGUUCUUUGGUCUGAAUUGCUAAAGCCUUUAGAUAGUGAUUUAGCAAAAUGUUGGUGAUGGUACAAACUACAAGGGUUUGCAAAGGUCUUGAUUGCCCUGAAAUCAAAGUUAUGAUGCAAAUCCUUGUUAAAUGUCUUCAGUGGCGCCUGUGGCUUCUGUGGUUUCCUGUAAAGGAGCAACAGCAUUAAUGUGUUCAUGGGUAACAAUGGCCCCUUUGAGAAAGAAACAGGAAGAAUUCCUUGACAAAUUCAGGCUUUCAGGGAGGUCUCACUGUUGCCUUUUGGCCUGUGCACACUGUUGCCCAUACAGGUGUUCUCAGUGUAGGACUCCACCAGAUGCUACAGAAAGAGCUGUUGAAAUCCCUAAGUUCAGGCUGUAAGUUAUAAAAGCCACUAUGACAAAUCUCAUCAGAAUGGAACUGCAGAGACUUCUAGAAUUGAUGGGAAAUAAAUGGUAUUAGAAUCACCAGGCAACAAAUGACAUCAGCCCAGACACUGGGAAUACAGCAGAGAGUUGACAGGAAGACAUCCUGCAGAGCACUGGUGUGCAUCCUGUGGUGAAGAUUGCGGGAUGAAGCAUUCUGUGUCAUCUUCUGACCCAGAACAUGCUUCACAUCUUCCCUGAAGGCUCUUCAGUGCUGGCUUUGUGUGCGUGCUGAGGAGUUCAGGGGGUGCAUUCCUGCUCUCAGGCUCUCCUGUUCUAAUGGUUUUCCUCUUUAUGAGGUGGGAUAUUCUCUGCUGGAUAUCUUUAGCUCAAAGCAGGGUCUCCUGUCAUAAAGCUUUUCCUCUUUAUGAGGUGGGAUAUUCUCUGCUGGUUAUCUUUAGCUCAAAGCAGGGUCUCCUGUCAUAAAGCUUUUCCUCUUUGUGAGGUGAGGUAUUCUCUGCUGGUGU